CUUGGCGAUCGUGGAGCAUGUCGGUUAGGGAGGCAGCAGCGGCCACGGAGGCGGCGACAGCGGUGGCUAGCGUGCCGGCGGCAGCAGGCAGCGUGAGGCAGCAGCUCUCGGGAGAGGUGGAGGGGCUGGAAGGGGAGGCGGCGGGACCAGCACGCGCAAGCGCCGCUGCUGCUGUGCCGACCAUUGCGAUUGCAGCACCUGCACAUGGAGGGACGUUGGAGCCUGUCGUACAACCGGCAACGUCACCAGGGGUUGCAGAUGAAGAGCAGGAGGAGCAGGCAAGCGCAGGAAGCCAGCUUCCGGGCGGCCGGUCUACGCAUGUAGCCCUGUUGAAACGCCCUCCGCGAUCCGCGCGUCCUCUUCAGCCGCUUCCGUCGCCAGGGUCAGCAACGGCAUGGGACGCACCGCAGCAGCCUACGCCAGCGCCUCACCACCUGCAGGAUCAGCAACCCGUGGCUGCAUUACCCUGCGGACAGCACCCGCAGCAGCACCAUCCGGGGCAGCAGCAUCCCCAGCAUGCGCAGCAGCCACUUGCUUUGCCCCGUGAAGCUUUCACUUCACAACAACCGUCAUUUGGCAGUAGUGGCAGCCACGACGCUAGCGGCAGUAGCACUCCAUGGCGCACACAGCUGAGCCAAUCGCAGCUUCUGCUCAUGUAUGGGGUGCCGGGCGCAGCUCCAGAAGAGCAGCAGAAUCCGCAGCGGGAGAGGCGGCGGGGGAGACAUCGGCAGCAGCGGCAGCAAUGCCGCGAUGCCACCAGCCAGGGGGGCAGUUGCUGGGGUUCUGAUGCCGGGGAGGAGUCCAGCAAUGCGGAGAGGGGCUUUGAGGAGGUUGACGGAGUACCAAAGCCGAACAGCGGCUGGACUCCGGAGCGGCGACAAGAACAGCGGGGGCAGUGGCAGCGGGAGCAGCAGGGGCAGUGGCAGCAGGAGCAGCAGGGGCAGUGGCAGCGGGAGCAGCAGGGGCAGUGGCAGCAGGAGCAGCAGGGGCAGUGGCAGCAGGAGCAGCAGGGGCAGUGGCAGCAGGAGCAGCAGGGGCAGUGGCAGCAGGAGCAGCAGGGGCAGUGGCAGCGGGAGCAGCAGGGGCAGUGGCAGCAGGAGCAGCAGGGGCAGUGGCAGCGGGAGCAGCAGGGGCAGUGGCAGCAGGAGCAGCAGGGGCAGUGGCAGCAGGAGCAGCAGGGGCAGUGGCAGCAGGAGCAGCAGGGGCAGUGGCAGCAGGAGCGGUGGCAGCAGGAACAGCAGUGGCAGUGGCAACAAGAACAGCAGUGGCAGUCGCAGCAGGGACAGCUAUGGCAGCAGCAAGGGGGUCAUCCGCCUCGGCCCCCUGCACGCCUAGGCCCCUACCCGCAGCAAGCACCACUGCCGCCACCGCCGCCAGUAGCACAGCAACCGCCGCAGCAGGGCUCUCCUCCCUGCCACCUGCAGCAGCAGCAGCAGCGGUGGGCGUCGACGGUUCUUGGAACCUACCCGCGGCAGCCACCACUGCCGCCGGCAGCCCUACCGCCCGCGCUUCUACAGUCACUGCCGGAACGUGCUCAACACCUUGACCAAUACCAAUACUCUCAGCAGCAGCAGCAGCAGCUGCUGCGGCGCUUGCACGCUCACCCGGAUCACCCGCAGCAGCAACUGCAACAUCAGCACUUGCAGCCCCAGCUACCACCACCGGGGUUUGGAUCCCAGCCCUCUUUCUCCCCAAUCCAAAACCCUCAACAUCCCCCUCCACGGGCACAACAGCAGCAGCCGUGGAUGCAGCAGCAGCCGUGGAUGCAUCAGCAGCCACAACAGCGGCUGCUGCAACGGCUGCAACCACACUCGCAACCACAGCAGCAGCGGGAUCCACGGCGCCAGCAGCACCGAAGGCAGCAGGGUCCACAGCAGCCGCCCCCGCAGCAGGACCCCGAGGCUCAACGCUUGGAUCAGUUGGGCCGCCUGGUGUUGCAGCGCUGGCAGCAGCUGUGUGAGGGGCUGGCCCGGAAGCAGCAACCCACCCCCCUGGAGCUGGCGGUGUUGUGCGGUGCAUGUGUGCGACUGGGCUGGCAGCCGCCGCUGGCACUGGUGCGGCGCUGGACGAGACGGGCGCUGGCGAGGGGACGCGCCGCGCAGUGGAGCGCGAUGGGUCUCACCAGUCUGCUCCGCCUGGCCUCCCGCUACCCCGAGCUGCGCCUGUCCCGGAUGCCGAUGCUGGCAGGGAGGGCGAUAGGCAGGGCGGCAGCUGCAGGACAACCAUCACCACCCCACCAUCCACCACCCAGGCUGCGUGCCGUACACUCCGCUCGCACGCUGCUUGCCCUGGCCGGGGCGCGACUUAGGUUGCGGGUGCGGAGCCGGCCGAGCGGCCACCAAGCCAGCAGUUCCGGCAGCAGUUCUGUGUCCGUUCCUCUCUCGCAGCAGGAGCAACAGCAAGAACAGCAGCAGCUAGGACCGCAGCAGCUGCCCGUGGGUUGGCGCAGCUGUGCUGCUGCGGCAGUUUCCUCGUCUGAGGACUAUACUAGCAGCAGCACGGGUACGGCAACAUGUGGCGAUUUUGCUAACACCGAUAGCAGCAGCAGUAGCGACGGCAGCGCAACCAUGACUGCGACUACCUUUGCCGCUGAUUCCAACGCUGUCGUACUCGGCGCCUGGAUGACCCUCAUGCGCUCCUUACCCAGCUGUACGACAGAUCCGGUGGCUGCCACUGCGGGCUUCGUACAUGGUACGACAGAGGACCUGAUCGUGGCGGUGAAGGCGGCGGCACAGCUUCGUGUGCGACCCCGCGCCUGGCAGCUGCCACGCAUCCAUGCGGCGUUGCUGCAACUGCCGCCGUACGACAACAACCCAACUACCGGUCCGGCCACCGUAACCGCCGUGCCCAGCGCUUCUUCCAUGACCGCCUGCACUGCUGCCUUACCGGCCCACCCACCGCCCCCCCUGCCGGGUGUUCCCGACUCCAAGCUGCUGCCGCUCCUGAUCCCC